AUGUCUUUAUUGGAAUCUAACGAUAUCGACUUACACCCGAGACAUGGAGAUCAUCAUUUUGUCAAUGUCAAAUAUGGCUACGUGAUUCUUGCCUUUUCACUCGUUCAUAUAAUAUGUCGGCUUGGUUCAAAGAAUGUUUAUUUGAGACAAUGGUCCAGUACCGGGAGCCACAGUAGACUCUUGAGAAUGUAUAGCUCAAUACCCACUUGGGUAGUGAUAGCACUUUGGGUAUUGUGUAUUUUCUUUGUGGGUGGACACCAUAUUGAAGAUCUUAGCGAAGAGUAUGUUGUCGUGGCGAAAAGGUAUGGGCGUAUUGCAUAUUGUCUAAUCCCCUUGAACAUAUUUUUGAUUUUACGUCCUACCAAUAUUUAUUUUUGGAAGAUUGGAUAUUACCUUGAAAACUUGAACUUACAUAAAUGGUUAUCUAGAUUGAUUGCCUUGUGUGCUACGGUACACGCCGUGACUUACACUGUUAAAUGGCUUAAAGAAGGUGCCACUGCAGAAAAAUCAUUUAAAAUAUUAAAUCUUUUAGGAGUAAUUACAUUUUACCUUUUCGUGGUUUUGGUGGUUAUAUCAGUCCGAAUCCUUAGAAGGCGCUUUUACAACUUCUUUUAUAUCUUCCACAAUAUUACGGCCUGGUCAAUGGUAUUACUAAUAGCACUUCAUGCACGUCCUGGUGUCAGCAUUAUUGCAUUAUUGAAUUUGGCAUUAUUGAUGUAUCAACUAUAUCUCCGAUACAUUUCAGUGUACAAAGUAGACAAUAUUAAAGUCAUAGAUAGCCCUGGAUCAACAUUACAGUUAAUCAAUAUUAAUGUCCCCGGGAAGUUCCCAAGCUGGUUACCUGCAUCUCACAUUAGACUUAAUUACUCACGCCGGAAUAUAAGUUCCUGGGUCUUACCUACUCAUCCAUUUACAAUAGCAACAAUAACUGAAGAUAAUACACCAAAUAUUUCUCUUAUAGUGAAGAAAAAUAACUUUCAAUUUAAUACCAAUCAGGAUUAUCUUCUUACUGGGCCAUAUCCUUCAUUGCCACCACCCUUUUUCAAUUCAGCUAAACUGGUUAAUAUAAUAUGUGGUGGUUCAGGUAUUUCCUUUGGACUUCCAGUUUUCAAUUAUGUCAAAACCUGUAAUACUUUCAUUCCCAUUAAAAUGAUAUGGUGUGUUAGAAAUCAGUCAGAUACCUUUAUAACAAAGCAUUUGGAUAUGACAGGUGUGCAAGUGUACAUUACUUCUAUUCUUGAUUCUGCACCAGGUGAAUCUUCUGGUUCUUCGAAAACAACUCCAGAUAGCUCCACUGCAUCUUUGCAGCAGCUUCCUGUCUUUGUUAUUGAAGAUGAAGAACAAACGCACGGAUUAUUGGAUGAUGAUAUCGAAUUGCAAACUUUGAACCCAGGAAAGGAAGGCAGUGAACGCCUCCCUGAAAAAUCAGCAAAUACAUUCAACUUAGGAAGACCUAAAUUAGAUGAGGUUUUUGCUAUUGAUGACCCUACUACAGUUGAAGAUAAGAAAAAUUGCUGGGUAAUUGCUUGCGGUCCAGAUGAAUUAAUUAAGGAUGCAAAAACCUGGGCCAAGGACCGCGAAUAUGAAUUCUUUUUUGAGAAAUAUGAGAUGUAA